AUGAACUAUCAACAGUAUUCAUACCACACUCAAUCUCACCACCACCUCUACAACUUGAAAUGGUCACAGUCACUCCUCUCUCCACUACCUAUGGCCCUACCUGCUAAACCUGCCUCACCAGCUGAAAUAAGGGGGAUAAUAAAAAAAUUGGCCAACAGGAAAUCUCCUGGCCACGAUCUUAUAACCAACAAAGUAAUCAAAAACCUACUAAUAAUACAAUAAUUCUAAAACAAUAAUUCAUUUAACUCAUAUAUACAAUGCUACCCUCAGACUUUCCUAUUUUCCAAAAACUUGGAAAUCCUCAGUUAUCAUAACAAUACUUAAACCUGGCAAACUACCAGAAAACCCAUCCUCAUACAGACCCAUAAGUCUUCUACCAGUUCUUGGAAAAGUUCUGGAAAAAUUUUUACUAAAGCGUCUCUCUGUCAUAACCAAUGAAAACAAAAACUUGCCUAACUUCCAAUUUGGUUUUCGUGCAAACCAUUCUACAACCCAUCAGCUACACCGAAUAGACACAAUCUCAACUGCUUUGGAAACAAAAAAAUACUGCACUGGAGUAUUCUUGGAUGUUGCCAAAGCUUUCGACACCGACUGGCACGAGGGAUUACUCUUCAAAUUAAAAACUUUAUUUUCUGCCCCUUACUAUCUCUUCUUAAAAUCGUACUUGGACAACCACACAUUCAAGGUUUGCCACAACCUUCAACAUUCAAAACAAUUUCCCAUUGCUGCUAGGGUCCCGCAAGGCAGUGACAUAGCACCUUUUCUAUACAUAAUUUUCACAUCUGAUCUACCCACCUCAGAAAAAAUAACCAUUGGUACUUGCGAUACUGCGUUUUAUCUACAGCUGCUGAUCAUAUCACUGCAAGCCUUCAACUAA